AUGGAGGCUCUGGCGAUGGCUGCGACGCGGGACGCCCCGGGCAUUCGACGACUAUGUAGCGACCCAGAGGUGCAUCGAGUAUCUGUGCCGGGAUGCCAGGUUAGACUGGUGGAUCCAGAGUCGGGCGUACCCCUUCACAAGACGUGGAGUUUUGCGACAAAUUGCGGGGCAUUGAAGUGGGCGGUGGUGGAGCGAAAGCGUGAUAGGAAGCAUUCGCAGCAGACGUGCGUCGGGUGCCCAGGCGGGAAGAAGCGCAGUGAUGCUGUCGGACGCUCCCCAUUUGAGUUGGUGGAGGACUUGGCGGAGGGCUCUCGCACUCAGAUAGCAGUGGACGAGGUCAAAGGUGUUGACCAGUUGCUUGCUGCUGGGACUGCGGGGGAGGAAUAUAGGUGGCAGCUCAAGCUUUUUGCGGUGCGACCUGAGUCGCUGGCGUACCAGUGCCACCAGCUGCAGCUGCAAAUAGAGAUGCCGAAGUGCGUCAUGAGGAUUUCCGUCGUCGACCUCGACCUGAUGGGGGCCCGUCUGGAGCAGUUGUUUUCUCGGACCAGGUGGAGGGUGCAAAGUUUCCCCGAGGGCCUUGCCUCAGGACCCUCGGAUAUCACGAACGCCGCCGGGAAGUGCCACGUGACGACUACCAUGGCGACGCUAGCCAGCUACGACGGCCCACAAGCUCGGGGCUCGGGCCACAUGUCAAUUCGCACGGAAGCGGUGGUGGGGGACGAGGCUUUCCGGAUGAUGAGGUCCUUCGACACGGUCUACAAGAAGCUCAUGAAGGGCGCAGUUGUUUCGGCUCCAGACGGGGGGGAGACGGCGGUGCUGACGUUCCGCAGACCAGCGUGGAGCGAUUACGAGGCACUCAAGUCUCUGGAGAGGGCGGCAUCGGACGACUGGCGGAUCGCAGACGGUCGUCCCAGGCGCAGCCAUGUGCCCGACAGCGAGAGCUACCAUCUCGGGAUUCAGACAGUAUGCGACACUGUCAACGCGGAGCUCAAUGACCACGCGCUGUUCCGUGCGAGGCUGCUUUGCCUGCCGGUAAAUGAUUUUCGGAGCUUCCGAGAGCAAUACGAUCGACACCGAGGCCCGCGCCGCCGGCCCCGCCGCGCGGGGGGAGCGGGCCACCGGUCGGGCGCAGCGCCGCCGCCGCCCGGCGCCGCGCGCGCCCGGGCGCGCGCGGCGCGGCCGGACGGCGGGCCGGCGGGCGCGGUCUCGAUCAAAGGGCGCGCGGGAGGACAUGGGCUCUCCCAGAAGGGGCCCCUCGACUCGGCCGCCUGCUGCUCCGGUGGCACUGCUCUGCCGGCCGACGCCGACCCUGGCACGCACGGCGCUUUUGCCGCGGGCUCGGCGCUCACGACCCAGGGAGGCAGGAAGCGAGCCAACAGGGGAGCACCGGGGCCCGCCGCCUCCGGGGCCCGCUUCCUCCACGGCGGCGGCUGCUCCACGGUCCUCACUCCGCCGACGGUCGCAGCCGGGGCGCACGGCCGGCGCGCGGUGGCGCGGUGCCGCGCCCUGCAGUGCAGGCUGCGGCGGCGGUCCGAGGCCGACGCCGUUGGCUCCACGGCGAGCGCGGCGACGAGCCUCCGUGCGGAGGCCCCCGAGUUCGUGCCCGCGCCCAAGGAGGAGCCGCCCGUGCCCGUGCCGCUGGUGCCCGGGUCGCCGUGCGGCAACUUCCAGCCCGUCAUGUGCGUGCAGGGCGUGCCCGGGUCCGUGCCGCAGAUGAUGCAGUGCCAGGCAAUCCCCAUGAUCGCCAUCCCCAUGUCGAACAUGCAGGUCGGCACCUCGGCCUGGGCCAUGGGCAUCAUGAUGCCGCAUGCGCCGAACAGCGCGACCACUGUGGUUGAAGUCGAGGGACCCGAGGCGGAGGCUCCGGCGGAGGCGGACGUGUCGCUGGACACGCCGACGGUGUCGGACGUGGAGGAGGACAGAUACUGGAUGCACUGCCCCAAGGUGGCGCGCCCCAAGGCCGAUCUCGAGGAGGAACAGUUCCUCAAACCCGAGGGCGCCGACGGGGUGGUCUCCCAGCUGAGCAGCGGUAGUGUUAUAUGAUUGUUUUAAGCUAGGAGCGGCCACCGUUGCGAUACACGUUGGCGGACUGUUCUUCCUGCCCUGCAUAAUUUUGGAGGAGGCGGUCUCUGUCUGCCCUGCGCGGCCCCCACCCUGGCCGCGGCUGUGGCGCUCCCUGCCACCUCCCGGCGCCCCGGCGUCCCGGGGUGGGGGGCCUGCGCGGCGCCUUUGGUCGGGCAGGUCGGCCCAUGUUUGGCGACUUCCGCUGGCCAACCUCGUUCGAAAAACGUUUAGGUGGGCCUCCAAGGCCCUUCCAUCCUUACCGCGCAUCCUUCUGAUUAAGAUUGACUUCCCCCCCCCUAUCUUUGCUGCUCAGGUCACGGGUUCAGCGCAAGCGGGGCACAGCCAGAGCGCCGGAUCUUGCAGGAUCCAGCGAAGCCAGAAUGGGUCCGAAUUUGGCUUGGGGGCUGCUCGCGACCACCUGAGUUGGCCUUGCAUGUCAUUGGCAUUGGCUGCGCUUGGUUGCUCGGGCUUCCCCCAAGCAAUUGCAGCGCAUGCUUUCUGAGUUGGCUGAGCUAGGCUUUAGCGCAACCUCGCUAGUCCACGCCCGAACAUCAUCAACUUCUGCCAAAGCCCGAUUUUGGGUCGCCUCGCAUCUCGUGACGCCGAGUCUCGGGACACGUCUCGACCCACGGCCGCAGCUCUUGCUCGGGCGCGCCAGCGUCCUUGUUUGCGGAGGUCCCCGUUGAUGCGGCGAACCUGGCGCACUGUAGCCACGGGGCCGCAGCGGCAGAGCAGCGGCAACCUCGGGCGCGCAACAAGCCGCGUUUUCGCUCUGAGCAGAGCAGUCUCGGCUGAAUUUCUUCCUGACCUCUCGGGCCGCGCCCACAGCACCACGUCUCGCCCCUCGCGGCCCGACGGACUGCGGCACCGGGACCUGGGAGUUCGACCGACGUCAUCCAGCAGUGCCGCCGCGGCAUCGUCUAAACGAUGGGGAAGG